CAUUUAGAGGCUUAUGUUGGAUUCACAAAGAUUUGUUGUGGUUUAUAUUCAGUCACAGCAAACACAUCUAACCCACACAGUAAGACUGUUUAAUUUGGACACGCUCUACUGCGUUAUAUAUAUAUAUUUCUGUUUUCUAACUCACAAAAUGCAGAAAAUUCUAACGUAUCACAGUUUGGUGCAGCGGUAAUCCUCAGGUGGGUGGAUGCUGGAGACCGGCUCUAAUUAAGGACACCGAGGUCAAGCUAUAGGCUGUAAAAUGUAGAAAACAUGGGGCUGUUUUUUCAGUUAAUUGGAAAUGUGUGUCUUUUAAUUAAAAUAAAUAAAUAAAUAAAUAAAACUGAGACCUUCAUCCUCCAGAGGGCUGUGGAGGGGAACCUAUCCCAUCUGUCAUUGGCAACCUGUCCAGGGCAGGGUCAACGGGUUGAGAGCGUAUCACAGGGUUAACACGGACAGACAAACACCCAUUCAUACUCACAUGCGCAAAUACAGCCAAUUAACCUAAUAUGCAUGUGUUUGAACUGUGGGAGGAAACCAUCUGGAGAAGAGAAGCCACGCAGGCACAGGGAGAACAUGGAAACCUCACACAGACGGGUCCCAGUGCUCAGUGCUCUGCACAUGGACGCGAUGAUGAGCGACGUCGACUCGUGGAGAACUGAUCCUGUUUCAUUCCUGAGGCAGCGAAGCCUGAACCCCGAGCACACCACCCCAUCAGGUGAUACGGAGGUGUACGUGCUGAUAGUGGAAGGCUUCCUCAUUUUUAACUACAGGCCUCUGAAUGUGCUGUUUGACAAACGAUAUUUCCUGGAAAUAUCUUAUGAAGUCUGCAAGAGGAGACGAAGUUCAAGGGUGUACACGCCCCCCGAUCCUCCUGGCUACUUCGAUGGACACGUGUGGCCAAUGUACCUUAAAAACCGCCAAGAGAUGGAGAGCAUAGAAUCGGAAAUCGUAAUUCUCAAUGGUCUGGAGUCAAGGGAAGAGCUGCUGGCUGCUGUGUAUAAAGAUAUUAGUCAGGAAAUGAAAAGACUCAGGGCUACGGCUGCUAUAUGAUUAGCAUUAGCAUGUUGCUUUAUUUGCAGUAAAACUACAUUUUUCAUAUGUAAUUUUACCAUGUAUUUUACGUUUUUUUUAUCAUGUGUUUCUGAAAAUAAUUUUAAAUAUUUACAAAAGAUGUUUUUUUUUUUGGGGCAGGGGUUUAAUAUGACUAAUCAUUGCUGUGAGGCUCAUUAGCAUUUGGUACUGCAGGCCUCUCUCGCCAUCUUUGUUAAUGAAUAGUGUUCUUGACUUCUUUAAUCUUAACCUCAUCUUUAAUUCAGUUUAUCUGCAUGACUUUUAUGACAUUGUAAGUUGCAAGAAUUUUACCCGGCUGAAUUUAAAACGCCCGAAACGCCGGGAUAUUUAGUUUUGCACUAAAACCAUAAGUCACCAUGUGUCUUCAGGGGGUGAAGUUUGUUCAGUGGUCAUGAGACGUUUGUCUCCUUCUGUUAUGAAAUCUGUGUCGAAAUGUGAACUAUUACAGAAUCUGUUGCUUUCAUCACUUACUUUAAACAUGUGUUGCAUACAUUUUUUUUUUUUAAAAAAGGAUGUAAUACAAGGAUGUGAUACUAUCUACAAUUAAACUUUUAAAAAAAAUAAA